ACGAGUUCACUUGACACAUGGAAAAAGCGGUGACAGCUGAGCCUCUCUUUCUACUAAAAGUUCUUCCCUUUUUCUCUUCUCAAAUUUCAUUCUCUUCUCACAAAUAUAAAUUCCCAAUUUAUUCAUAUAACCAAUUAUUAUACUCUUAACCUAUAGUUUAUUUUUGAAGAUAAAAUAAUGGAAACUCUAUCGGAUUCCAAAGGAAAAACAUCAACGAACAAUUUGGAUCAUAAAAUUGAUGAAAUUUUGACUCUCGAGGAUUCUCGACCGAAGAGCAUGGAAUGGACUGACGAGAAGCAUAGUUUGUAUCUCAAGUCUAUGGAAGCAUCAUUUGUCGACCACUUAUAUGGUUCCUUAGAUGUAGUUGGUCGGCAUUCCCAAAAUGAUGGCUUUUCAAGGCAUAAAUCAUCAAGACAAAAGCAUGUCAAUCCUUCGGGCCAGUAUAAGGUGUUUCAAGAUGGUUGUUGGACCAAAAUUGACUUCAAGAAAGACCAGCCUCAGUUAAAUAAAACAAGCGGAUCUGCUGCUGUAUUGGCAAGCCCUUGGAUUAAGCAUUUCAAAUCUGCAGGCCGACAUCAAACGAGAGUAAAUUCAGAUCUACAGGGAAACACUACCUUAGUGAAACAGAAUCAAUCUCCCGUUUUGUGCCAUAAAGAUUACGUUACAGAGGUGAUGGAUCAGAACUUUAUCGAUGAAGAUCUUGAAGGGGGACAGUCUAGCAGCAGGGAGCAUUGCACAAAACGGACAAAAAUUCCGUUAGGUGCUGGUUCAAGCAGUGAUCAAGUAGUUCCAUUUUCUACAUCCUCAAUGACUGAUAAUCUUAAGGAUCUUCUGGAGUCGACGGGUUAAGUCUUUGGCUUUCAGCGAUGACUAUGAUGAUACUAACCUCUUUAACCAAGAACGACGUAUGGAAUGUAAAAACAGCAGGUGGGAAGACAUUGCGUCAAGAUUUUGCUAUAGUUUCUGCCCGGAACUAGUUAUGGUUUUGUAUCUCUUUAUUUAUCUGUAUGUUGGAAAUUCGAGUAGCUAUUGAACCUCUAAUCUUUGUACAGAUUUUGGAAAAAUGUUGUAAAAAAAUGCUUGCUCUAUCUUUGAUGUUCUUACAUUCCUUUCCUGAUUUAGUCAUUUUUUUGGAGUGUUGGCCAUCGAAAAUGGGGAUGGAAAUAUAUACUAUCAUUUUAUUAUA